AUGAGUGGGUUAUCAGCGUCUCCGCCUCCGGCUUCCGGAGCUAAAGGUAGCAAAAGUACAAGCAACAGCAGCAACAACAUGAAAACUCCCAUUGGUGGUGAGGACGUCUGUGCUGUGGUGGUCCAACUAGGGUCUUCAACUGUGAGUGUUGGGUAUGCGCAAGAAGACCACCCGCGCAUCGUUGCUGAUGCUCUUGUGGGUAGGAGGAAGCUUCGCUUGCAGAACAAACAGCAAGGGGACGGGCUAUUUUGUGGGGAAUGUUGCUGUUGUAGAUCUCAAGCUUCUCUAUGUGCUCCCCCAGACACUGACAUCAAAGAUACACAGAACCAGCAGCACCGGCGGCGGAAUUGUUUACGCUGGACUAGGUCGAGUGGUGUAUCUCCGUCUGUUUUCUAUAGCCGGGGCCCAUUUAUAUGGCCUUCAGGGGGCAACACGUGCUGCAGCUGUCAAUGUAGUCAUCAACAGAUUGUGUUUCCCGUCUCUUUAGAGCUGCAGACACCACACACUGAAAUAGAUCCAAUACUUGCCUCCCCGAAAGAAAAACCAGCUGGAGCAACGGCAGGCCCUGCUCUAGGAGGAGGCGUUGCGAGCUCUACAGGGCCAGUAGAAGAAAGUAAAAAAGUAGCGCUGCAGCUGCCGCUGUCGCAGGAGCAUGGGCUCUUUAGGCAGCUGGACAGAAGUGCGUUUUCGACUGCGGUGCGAAUAUGCAUUGAGGGGAAUGUUCACGAAAGUGAGGCAAGCAAGAGAACUGUUAGACCUCCGGAGACACGGAGACGUCAACAGCAGCAGCAGCAGCAGAAGGCUGAAGAGGCCAGCUAUAGCCAGCACAGCUGCAGCUGCUGCUGCACGAAGCGGGAGCAGCGCCAGCAAACAGCAGCAGGAUGUAAUGGUGUCUUCCAGACAGCUCAUCAACCGGAGGGUAGCCCAAAGGCUCUAAAUAUCAGCUUAACCAAUAGCAGCAGUAGCAAGAGCGGCAGCGCGUCAGUGGAGGCAUUUGGGUGUUCGCCAUUUGGCGGCUUGGGUGUAUGGACUCAUGAGCACCCUGUGCUCGUUGUGGAGCCGACAGGAACAUCGGCAGCUCUACGUCAGUCACUAGCCGCUGCCGUAUUUGAAGACCUACAAGCUCCAGCUGCUUUCUUUGUCCCUGCUGCUGCUGCCGCUGCAUUCUCGAUGGGCCGCAGCACAGCCCUUGUCGUUGAGCUAGGAGCAGCUGGAGGAUCCGUUGCUGCAGUUGUUGAUGGAUACACGCUCCACAGGAGCACCAAGUUGUUUCCUAUUGGUGGAGAUUUCUUAGACGGGCAGAUCGAGUUGGUGCUCAAGCGCCACCUUCAGCAGCAACAGCAGCAACAGCACCAUGUGGACGAGCUGUUCCUGCCACUAUUUUCCAACCGCAGCAGCUACAAUUGCAGCAGCAGGGGCAGCUGCAGCAGAUCACUGCUUCGACUUAGCACGCUGGCUCUUUGCCGCCGCCUACGGGAGGCAUGUUGCGUUGUGAGGGAGUUUGGCGAUGCAAAUUUGCCGCUGUCCGUUACUGCUGUUGAAACCCAGGAGAAAGGAGCUGCGCACACGCUUGAAGACACUUACCAUUUUGAGCUCCCCGACGGUUCCGUAAUCAACUGUAGAGCGUUCAGAGAAACUAUUGGCGAAGUUCUUUUUAGGCCAGCAGAAGCCCUGCGUGCACUUCAGCAGCUGCAGGGGAUAUCGCCAGCGGAAAGCUCAGCAGAUCUUCUACAGGGAUUUAAAGGGAUCACAGAGGUCGUUGCUGAUUGUUUGUACGACUGUGAUGUGGACCUUCGCCGAGAUCUUCUUUCAGCUGUCAUUUUGACUGGCGGGCUUUCACUCACACCAGGCCUAGCAAGCCGCUUUGCUGCGGAACUUGAUAGCGAGACUUUCCCCCUAACGACGGCACACUCGGGUUUGAAAUCGCGUGUCGUCUUUGCAAAUUCCUACGCCGAGAAGAAGUCUGCCGCGUGGCUUGGUGGUUCCAUUUUGGCGUCUCUAGGAACAUUUCAGCAGAUGUGGAUCAGCAAACAAGAAUAUGAAGAGCACGGUUUCGGCAUCCUGGAUCAGCGCGCUCUCUGA